AUGAAUUUUGAAAUUCGAGGAGUUGCUGCCACCCCUAGAAAUAAUGCAAAGCUAUUAUCCAGUGCUCAGCAUGCAAAGGUGCAGGGAUGGCAUUCAGAUGGUAAAUCUUCUCACAGUCGACCAGAUGAAGUGCCGUGCCUGGAUUUGGGAAAGCUUGGAGACUCUGAUGAUGAGGACUCCUAUGUUCCCCUUAGCAAAGGAUACCCUAGACUGGGACCCCCAGAUUCAUCUUCAACAAUCAGUUGGGGAACUCCACUAAACACACCUUAUGCUCAGCAUUUUGAGAAGGAGCAGGUCAAAAAACCUAGCCCUCGAAGCACAGAGCUGUAUAAAGAAAAGAUGAAGAUAGUCCCGGAGAAUUUACCAACUCCAUCUGACAAAUUCAGAUUAAAAUAUCAGCAAUAUAAAGAUGAAAUGAAGCAGAACUAUAAACAGUACACCAGAAGAGAUGCAGAGAAGAAUAAAAACCAGCCAGCCACUCAGAGAUCUGCAAGGCUAGGAACAAAACAAGAGCAAAAGAGUCCUAGGACUGAAGAAGGAAGUUUUUCUGAUUUGACAGCUUUGGAUGAAAAAGCGCACCUGCAACACUGCUAUACCAGUAAACCGUACACAGCACAGCACAGUGUCAGAAAACUGGAGGCUGAAGACCUUGCUGCUGAGAGGAGAAAACAAGCCGUUGUAGAACAAGUUAUGAUAGACCAGCUUUCUAGGGCUGUUAUUAGUGACCCGGAGCAAAAUGCAAAUGCUGUCAUUACAGAUAACCUCUAUCAAGAUCUAUCAUCAGCCCCUCUCCGCUUUAGAAAACGGACUUUGCAUGAGACCAAGAUAAAAACAAGUUCUGCUUUAACAGAAAACAUCCUGUCAAAUAAGCUACGCUUUGAUGCUCGUAUAAUAUGCAGAAAUGGACGUGAUGCCUGUAGAGAACUUAUUGGGUUCUUUUUUGCACAUGACAAGUCUGUUACAAUUUAUGAAUAUCGUCAGUUUGGAAAAAAUAGGACAAAUGCUUUGCCAUUCAUUCUGAAAGGGACAUACAGCCACCAGUUUGGGAAGAAAAGAGGAAAGCAAUAUGAACUUGAAGACUUUUAUACUGGAGCAAAUCUCACCUUCCUGACAACGGAACAUCAAACACUUUCAGAGAGUAUAAAACAGAAUAAUUUACUUAAAAUUCGAAUCACAGCCGUUGAUGAGGAUUCUCUAAAGGUACUUGUUAAAGAAAACAAGACUGCCUUCUGUAUUAAGGGGAAUGAAGAGAACAGCAUCCUCUUGGCAUUACAAGAUGUUAUGACAGAGAAACUGAGAAAUAGAGCCGUUCGAACCUUAACGCGUUUAGGAAAAUACUUCCGUCAGCUUGACAGAAAUGGCAGUGGAUUUAUAGGAAAAACUGAAGUUAAACAGGCUCUUAAAACAUUUCACUUGGAAGUUUCUGAAAAGGUUUUUGAUUCCUUGUGGCUUACGUUGGAUCAAACAAAUGAAGGAAAAGUGGAUUAUGGAGAAUUUAUUCAUGCCUUAAUAGGAGAGAUGAACGAGUAUAGAAAAUCGUUUGUGAGAAAAGCAUUUAUGAAACUGGAUCCUGCUAAGUCUGGUGUUGUGCCUACAUCAGAUCUGAGCAAAUUUUAUUGUGCAAAGAAGCACCCACAAGUUUUAGAUGGAACUUCAUCUGAAGAGGAAAUCAAAUCUGCCUUUUUGGAAUCUCUGGAAGAUGCCUGCAGUAAUCCAAAGGAAGUUUCUUACUGUGAAUUUGAAGAUUAUUAUGAAGGGCUGAGCAUUGGGAUUUUGAAUGAUGAGGAUUUUAUUAACAUUCUAAGAAAUUCCUGGGGAAUAUGAAAACACAUAUAGAUUUAUAUAACUUGAUUGUGAAAAUGUAUUUCUGUCAAUUGUACCAGCAUAAAAAUGGAAACCAAUUGUGAUAAAUAUAUAUAUAUAUAUAUAUAUAAAUAUAAAUCAUUUGUUGAGAAAGGUAAUCUGUUUACGUCUAUAAUCUAAGAAAUCGAAGAAAAUAGUUUUAAAGUAAUUUUAUAUUUCAAAAUAGGACAACGUAUCUAAUGGUUUUCAACAGAAAAACACCA